AUCUCAUUUCCAUUCCAGUCUUUAAACUUUCCUCAGAAAAAGAAAAAGGAAAGAAAUUAUUUUCAAUUUAGUCCAAAACACAAUUGACAUUAUUAUUCUUUAUCAAUUAAUCUAAUCCAUUACUUUUCUCUGACUACAGCUGCUAAAAUCAGAUCAUAGCAAUCGAAUUAUCCCUUAACUUCGCGAUUUUCUUUCACUUUCUCGGCAUCCAAACACACUAGUACAUUUUCCCAGCUGCUUCCCGAAUCCCGGGAAAAUACUCAUAUCUUUUUCAGUUCAGUGAAAAUGAAUGAAUUGAGUGAAAUGUGCUGAUUCUGAUGGAGAAGUAUAAAUUAGGAGUAAUUUGAUGAACUGAUUGAAUGGCCUCAGAUCUUAGUAGAACUGGCCCAGUUGAAAGGGACAUCGAACAGGCCAUCACUGCUCUAAAGAAGGGGGCUUACUUGCUCAAGUAUGGAAGAAGGGGAAAACCCAAGUUUUGUCCUUUCCGUCUUUCCAAUGAUGAGUCGGUUUUGAUAUGGUUCUCAGGGAAAGAGGAGAAAAUUCUUAGACUAAGUCAUAUAACCAGAAUAAUAUCUGGGCAACGCACUCCGAUAUUUCAAAGAUACCCAAGGCCGGAGAAGGAAUACCAGUCUUUUUCUCUUAUAUACAAUGACAGGUCACUUGAUUUGAUCUGCAAAGAUAAAGAUGAAGCUGAGGUAUGGUUUAGUGGUUUAAAAGCAUUAAUUUCGCGUAGUCAUCAACGAAAAUGGAGAACAGAAUCAAGGAGUGAUGGAAUUCCAUCUGAAGCAAAUAGUCCUAGGACAUACACUCGAAGAAGUUCUCCUCUGAACUCUCCAUUUGGUAGUAAUGACAGUUUGCAGAAGGACGGUGACCACCUUCGUCUUCAUAGUCCAUAUGAGAGCCCCCCUAAAAAUGGUCUGGACAAGGCAUUUUCAGAUGUGAUAUUAUAUGCUGUUCCCCCUAAGGGAUUUUUUCCAUCAGAUUCUGCUAGUGCUUCAGUACAUUCUUUAUCAUCUGGUGGCUCAGAUAGUGUACAUGGUCAUAUGAAGGCAAUGGCGAUGGAUGCAUUUAGAGUUAGCCUAUCUAGUGCUGUUAGCUCAUCUAGUCAAGGUUCCGGUCAUGAUGACGGUGAUGCUAUGGGAGAUGUAUUCAUUUGGGGGGAAGGGACAGGAGAUGGAGUCAUAGGAGGUGGAGCUCAUAGAGUUGGAAGUAGUUUUGGUGUAAAAAUGGAUUCCUUAUUGCCAAAAGCCUUAGAAUCAACUGUAGUACUUGAUGUCCAGAAUAUAGCGUGUGGGGGAAGACAUUCGGCCUUAGUCACCAAGCAAGGAGAGGUUUUCUCUUGGGGGGAGGAAUCAGGAGGCAGGCUUGGGCAUGGUGUAGACUCUGAUGUUUUGCAUCCGAAGCUUAUUGAUUCACUCAGUAAUAUAAAUAUUGAACUUGUGGCAUGUGGCGAGUACCAUAGCUGUGCUGUAACACUUUCUGGUGAUUUGUACACUUGGGGUGAUGGAACUUAUAAUUUUGGUCUUCUUGGACAUGGAAAUGAAGUAAGUCACUGGGUUCCAAAAAGAGUGAACGGGCCUUUGGAAGGCAUACAUGUCUCAUCUAUAUCUUGUGGACCCUGGCAUACAGCAGUUGUAACCUCUGCUGGGCAAUUGUUUACUUUUGGUGAUGGUACAUUCUGUGUUCUAGGUCAUGGAGAUAGAAAAAGUGUUUCAAUACCAAGGGAAGUAGAAUCCCUGAAAGGUCUCCGCACUGUACGAGCAGCCUGUGGAGUUUGGCAUACUGCUGCAGUUGUAGAAGUCAUGGUGGGAAAUUCAAGUUCCAGCAAUUGUUCUUCAGGAAAGCUGUUCACUUGGGGAGAUGGAGAUAAAGGUCGACUUGGGCAUGGUGACAAGGAAGCAAAACUGGUUCCUACAUGCGUUGCUGCUCUUGUUGAACCCAACUUUUGCCAAGUUGCAUGUGGACAUAGUCUGACAGUUGCACUUACAACCUCAGGCCAUGUCUACACAAUGGGUAGUCCUGUCUAUGGCCAGCUAGGAAACCCCCAUGCUGAUGGAAAGCUCCCCAGCCGUGUUGAAGGAAAACUCUCUAGGAGUUUUGUUGAGGAGAUUGCUUGUGGUGCUUAUCAUGUUGCAGUUUUAACUUCAAAAACUGAGGUUUAUACAUGGGGAAAGGGAGCAAAUGGACGAUUAGGUCACGGGGAUACAGAUGAUAGAAAUUUCCCGACGUUGGUAGAAGCCUUGAAAGACAAACAAGUGAAGAGUGUUGCUUGUGGGACAAAUUUUACUGCUGUUAUCUGCCUCCAUAAAUGGGUUUCUGGUAUUGAUCAGUCUAUGUGUUCUGGCUGCCGCCUGCCAUUUAAUUUCAAAAGAAAACGGCACAACUGUUAUAAUUGUGGGUUAGUUUUUUGUCAUUCAUGCAGUAGCAAGAAGUCUCUUAAGGCUUCCAUGGCACCAAAUCCAAACAAACCUUAUCGUGUUUGUGAUAAUUGCUUUAGUAAAUUGAGGAAAGCCAUUGAAACUGAUGCUUCAUCUCAGUCUUCUGUAAGCAGGAGAGGUAGUGUCAAUCAUGGGUCUAAUGAGUUCAUUGAUAAAGAUGAGAAGUUGGACUCGAGAUCUCGUGCACAACUUGCUAGGUUUUCAUCAAUGGAGUCCUUAAAACAAGCAGACAGUAGAUCUAAGAGAAACAAGAAACUGGAAUUCAACAGCAGCCGUGUUUCACCAGUACCAAAUGGAGGCUCCCAAUGGGGAGCACUCAAUAUUUCAAAAUCUUUCAAUCCUAUGUUUGGUUCAUCCAAGAAGUUUUUCUCAGCUUCUGUUCCUGGAUCGAGAAUUGUUUCUCGUGCAACAUCGCCAAUAUCAAGACGACCUAGCCCACCUCGCUCAACAACACCAACCCCAACCCUGGGUGGAUUAACCUCACCAAAACUCGUUGUAGGUGAUGCUAAAAGAACAAAUGAGUACCUCGGCCAGGAGAUUAACAAAUUGAGAGCACAGGUGGAGAAUCUUACUUGCAAAGCCCAACUCCAAGAAACUGAGCUGGAAAGGACAACAAAGCAGCUAAAGGAAGCAAUAGCAAUUGCUGGAGAAGAGACUGCUAAAUGCAAAGCAGCAAAAGAAGUGAUCAAGUCAUUGACUGCUCAAUUAAAAGAUAUGGCUGAGAGACUUCCUGUUGGAGUAGCCCGAAAUAUCAAAUCACCGUCCUUUACAUCACUCGGCUUGACUGCAGCUUCAAGUGAUAUUUCUAGUCCUUCUGCUGAUCGUCUGACUGGUCAUAUACCAUCGCCGGAACUGGACACAAACGGAUUAAACAGCCCGUUAUUGUCUAAUGGUUCCACUACCGCCAAUAUUCGUAAUUCAGGUCAUAACAAACAAGGCCAUUUGGAAGCAACAGUUAGAAAUGGAAGCAGAACAAAGGAAGCUGAAUCGCACCAUGAAGCUGAAUGGGUUGAGCAAGAUGAGCCUGGAGUAUAUAUAACUCUUACCUCCCUCCCUGGAGGUGGCAAGGAUCUUAAACGAGUGCGCUUCAGUCGGAAGAGGUUCAGUGAGAAGCAAGCUGGACAAUGGUGGGCAGAGAAUAGAGCAAGGGUUUACGAACAAUACAAUGUUCGCAUGAUUGACAAGUCGAGUGUUGGUGUCGGGAGUGAGGAUUUGGCUCACUAGCAGUUAGGAAAUAAUUUUUAACAGUAUCUCUGUAGAUGAAACACUAUUUUUCAUUUUUCAGCUCCUCGUGCUAGGAAUCGUCGAUCCUCAUCGAUUGGGUAUGGCUUCCGUCCUUUACGACGAGCUUAUAGAAGCAGAAUACAGCUACAAGAGAGUGAGUCAGAGGGGUUUGAUUGUGUUCUCAUUUAUUUUAACCUUUUGAUUUUUUUCCAUAUAUUUUCGGUAUAUGUACGGUGUGUCUUCGGGGUUGAUGGGGAAAAAUGUAAAUUGUUAGUAGGUUGGUGGCUCUUGUUGAAAAAGCAACUGCCAUGUAAAUUCAUAAAGCAAAUGCAUCACAUAUUUUUCUUCUUUGGUUUGUAUAAUUCAUCUCAGGCUUGUUCAAA